ACCUGUGCACAUCGAAGCGGAAGUAAUCUUUCGGAGGGGGCGGGGCGCUUCCAGAGUGGAAGUGGAGCCGGUAACCGUGAGUAUCAAUAUGGAGGCCGCGUCCUUCGUCCUGGCCGCUUGCCUCUGUUUCUCCAUUGUGAGUGCAGAUUCCAAGGCUGUCACCAUGUCCCUCACCACAAAGUGGCCUUCUACAUCACUGCUGCUGGAAGCCAGUGAAUUUCUGGCAGAAGAUGGGCUGGAGAAGUUUUGGACGUUUGUAGAUCAAAACCAACAAGUGGAUGAACAAGGUUCUGAUUCUGACAAAUACAAUCUGUUGCUGAAAAGUGCCGGCCGCCUCCUGUCCCCCGUCCAGCAGAACCUGUUGAAGUUCGCACUGUCUCUCCGCUCUUACUCAGCCACCGUCCAGACCUUCCAGCAGAUCGCAUCAGAUGAGUCGCCCCCUGCAGGCUGCACAGCUUUUAUAGUGGUUCAUGGGGAGAAGACCUGUGAUCUUGACAAGUUACCAUCACUUCUCACUGGAGCUCUGGAAAGGCCGAAGCCUUUCCUGUUUAAGGGAGAUCACCAGUAUCCAGGAGCAUCCCCUGACAGUCCGGUCGUCAUACUAUACGGAGAAAUUGGCACCAAAGAGUUUUCAAGGUCCCACCAACAUCUGUCAGAAAAGGCCAGAGCUGGCGCGAUCGUAUAUGUACUACGGCACUAUGUGGCGAAUCCAAGAGCAGAAAAGGUAUUCCUCUCAGGCUAUGGAGUGGAAUUGGCCAUUAAAAGUACAGAAUAUAAAGCAAAGGACGACACACAAGUGAAAGGUAACAAUGUGAAUGCCACCGUGGACAAUGACCCAGUGGACGAGGUUCAAGGCUUUCUCUUUGGAAAACUCAGGCAGCUGUAUCCAGAGCUACAAGAGCAGCUGAAGGAGCUGAGGAAACAUUUGGUGGAAAGCACCAAUGAGAUGGCACCACUGAAAGUCUGGGAACUGCAAGAUCUCAGUUUCCAGACCGCUGCUCGGAUCCUAGCGGCCCCUUCUUCUGAAGCUCUCCUGGUUUUGAAAGAUCUGAGCCAGAACUUCCCUACUAAAGCCAGGACUUUAACCAGGACUGUAGUGGACGCAGCAACUCGUAUGGAAGUAGAGGAGAACCAAAAGUACUUUAAGGGUACCUUGGGGCUACAGCCUGGAGACUCCGGUCUAUUCAUUAAUGGACUGCACAUUGACCUAGACAGUCAGGAUAUCUUCAGCUUGUUUGAUGUAUUGCGUAACGAGGCUCGGGUGAUGGAAGGUCUCCACCGCUUGGGCAUUGAAGGCUCAGCUCUCCAUAAUGUUCUCAAGCUCAACAUCCAGCCAUCUACCUCGGACUAUGCUGUGGAUAUCCGCAGUCCUGCUAUUUCGUGGGUGAACAACCUAGAACUGGAUGGUAGGUACAACUCCUGGCCAUACAACGUUCAAGAGCUGCUCCGGCCGACCUUUCCCGGAGUCAUUCGACAGAUACGCAAGAAUUUCCACAACUUUGUUCUUUUCAUUGACCCGGAGCAGGAGUCUACCUCUGAGCUGAUAAAUGUGGCAGAGAUGUUCCUCAGCAAUCACAUACCCUUAAGGAUUGGUUUGGUGUUUGUUGUGAAUGAUGAUGAAGAGGUUGAUGGUUUCGAGGAUGCGGGUGUUGCUCUUCUGAGGACUUUCAACUACGUGGCUGACGAGGAGGACAAUAAUGAUGCGUUUCAGAUGAUUGUAUCGAUCUACAACAAGGUGCCGACUGGCGAGAAGCUGACAGUGAAACAUGUCACCAGUGUCCUGGAGCAGAAGUACCGAUAUGUGGAGCUCAGCAGUAUUUUGGGGCGAGACUCUGCGUAUGACCAGAAUAGGAAGGAGGGGAAGGAGUACUUCCUGCAGACUGGACUGUCGCCGCUCCCCGUGGUCCUCUUCAAUGGGAUACCAUUUCCAAAAGACCAGCUAGAUCCAGAUGAACUGGAGACCGCCACUAUGCACAAGAUCCUUGAGACAACCACGUUUUUCCAGAAAGCUGUGUAUCUGGGCGAGAUCACAAAUGAUCACGAUGUUGUGGAUUACAUCAUGACUCAACCUAAUGUCGUUCCCCGGAUUAACCUGCGGAUCCUUGAAGUGGAGCGUCAGUACCUGGACCUCACUGCCACCAAUAACUUCUUUGUGGAUGAUUAUGCCAGAUUUAGCGUGCUCGACUCCAGCGCUAAGAGCGCAGCAGUGGCCAACAGUAUGAACUACCUCACUAAGAAAGGAAUGUCCUCCAAGGAGAUCUAUGAUGACUCUUUUGUCCGACCUGUGACAUUUUGGAUUGUGGGAGACUUCGACAAACCCUCAGGACGUCAGCUGUUGUACGAUGCAAUUAAACACCAGAAAACUAGCAACAACGUAAGAAUCGGCAUGAUCAACAAUCCCAGCCAGGACCCGUCUUCUGAGACCACACGUAUUGGCAGGGCCAUCUGGGCGGCUCUCCAGACACAGACCUCCAACAACGCCAAAAACUUCAUUACCAAAAUCAUCAAAGAAGAAAAUGCCGGAGCGCUGGAGGCCGGGCAGGACAUUGCAGAGUUUGCAGUUGGGGGAAUGGAUGUCAGUCUUUUCCGUGAAGCUUUCGACUCUCCUAAGGUAGAUUUUAUACUCUCCCAUGCCGCAUACUGCCGCGAUGUGCUCAAGCUGAAGCAAGGAGAGGGAGCCAUUAUUGGCAAUGGAAGGAUUAUUGGACCUCUGAGAGACGGUGAAAUAUUUAAUCAAGAUGAUUUCCACCUUUUGGAGAACCUAAUUCUGAAGACUUCUGCACAGAAGAUCAAGUCCCACAUCCAGAAGCUUGGAGUGGAAGAAGAUCAUGCCAGCGAUCUGGUCAUGAGAGUGGACGGUCUUGUGUCCUCCCAACCGAAAGGAGAAGGAAGAAUUGACUACCUGCUUACUGAAGAUCAGCACAGUGCCAUUAAGAUAAGACCUAAAGAAGGUAUGAUGUACUUUGAGGUGAUGGCCAUUGUGGACCCUGUGACAAAAGCAGCACAAAGAAUGGCACCUUUACUCUUGGUUAUGAAUCAGAUCGUAAAUAUGAACCUCCGAGUCUUUAUGAACUGCCAGUCCAAGUUAUCAGAAAUGCCCCUCAAGAGCUUUUACCGGUAUGUGUUGGAACCAGAGGUUGUCUUCUCCUCCGACCAUAACUUAUCACCUGGUCCCAUCGCCAAGUUCUUAGAUAUGCCGCAGUCUCCCCUCUUCACCCUGAACCUGAAUACUCCGGACAGCUGGAUGGUGGAGUCGGUGCGGACGCCGUAUGAUCUGGAUAAUAUCUACUUGGAGGAGGUGGAGAGCGUUGUAGAGGCAGAGUUUGAGCUGGAGUAUCUCUUACUGGAGGGCCAUUGUUUCGACGUCUCGACUGGACAACCACCUCGUGGACUGCAGUUUACUUUGGGGACAGCCACCCAUCCUGUGAUUGUGGACACCAUUGUCAUGGCUAACCUUGGUUAUUUCCAAUUAAAAGCGAAUCCCGGUGCGUGGGUUUUACGACUCAGGAAAGGCCGUUCCGAGGACAUUUAUAACAUAUACAGCCAUGAUGGAACAGAUUCUGCCCCUGAAGAUAAAGAAGUAGUUGUUGUUCUUAAUGAUUUCAGGAGCAAAACCAUCAAAGUCAAAGUUCAGAAAAAGCCAGACAAGAUGAAUGAAGAUCUUCUCAGUGAGGGGACACAUGAGAAUGAAUCGGGCUUCUGGGACUCGCUUACAUGGGGGCUGGCAGGAGGGCAGAAGCAGGAGGAGGUGAAACAAGAUAAAGAAGAUGUCCUUAAUAUUUUCUCACUGGCCUCCGGACACUUGUAUGAGCGCUUUCUAAGAAUAAUGAUGUUAUCUGUACUGAAGAAUACAAAGACACCGGUGAAGUUUUGGUUUCUGAAGAACUACCUGUCCCCUACUUUUAAGAACUUUAUCCCUUACAUGGCGAAGAAAUAUAACUUCCAGUAUGAAUUGGUCCAGUACAAGUGGCCCAGGUGGCUGCACCAGCAGACCGAGAAGCAGAGGAUAAUAUGGGGGUACAAAAUCCUCUUUCUGGAUGUACUUUUCCCACUGGUUGUGGAUAAAAUCCUCUUUGUAGAUGCUGACCAGAUUGUGCGCACAGACUUAAAAGACUUGCGAGACUUCAACCUAGACGGUGCCCCAUACGGAUACACUCCAUUCUGUGAGAGCCGAAGGGAGAUGGAUGGCUAUCGCUUCUGGAGGUCUGGUUACUGGGCCAGUCACUUGGCUGGACGCAAGUACCACAUAAGUGCUUUGUAUGUAGUGGACUUAAAGAAAUUUAGGAAAAUAGCUGCAGGAGAUCGACUAAGAGGACAGUAUCAGGGACUGAGCCAAGAUCCUAACAGUCUUUCCAAUCUUGACCAGGAUUUGCCAAAUAAUAUGAUUCACCAAGUGCCUAUCAAAUCGCUGCCACAGGAGUGGCUGUGGUGCGAGACGUGGUGCGAUGAGGCAUCCAAGAAAAAAGCCAAGACUAUAGACCUGUGCAACAACCCAAAGACCAAGGAGCCAAAGUUAGAAGCUGCGGUACGUAUUGUCCCAGAAUGGCAAGACUACGACCAAGAAAUCAAGAGACUGUACAGUCGUUUUCUGGAGGAGACUUCUGGUACUGUAGCAGAUCAGCCUGAUGUCAUUAGGCAGCCAAAUACACAAGAUCACAAGCCCCAUGAUGAUUUAUGAUUCACAGAUGUCUGCAGGAAAAUGGACUCAAAAAGAUUUUUUUCUAUUUUUUUUAAACAAAAAUUGAGAGAUUAUUGGGAAUUUUACAUUUAUUGAUUUUACAGAAUGUCUGCGAAACUGCUGAAUGGUUUGUGGUAUUGGGGUAUUUAUAUUUUGGGUUAUCAAUUUUUUCGCUUGGGGAAAACGGCCAUGCUUUUUUUUUUUUUUUACCCUUGUUUGAAAGAUGCUACAAGAUGGAAACAAAAACAACCAAAAAUAGUUGGAAACCAAAAGUUGUUCCCCAAAACCCACUAAGUAAUUAAACCACUAAAACCUGUUACAAUGUGUUUACAUGAACUCCUUUAUCUAAAUGUGCAGGGAAAUUAAAUAUCCUCCCGUAUGUUCAAAGCAGAUGUAAAGGCAGCUUAAGGGUCCAUUCACAUGACCAUGUCCAUUUUGUAGCCGUGUGCACCCAUUCACUGCAAUAGGUCCAUGAUCCGCAUGUUGGGGCCAAAGAUAGGACAUAAAGGGCUUCUGUGUGCUUUGGAGUCUACAACAUGCGGAUCGUUGACCCAUUGAAGUCAAUGGGUCCGCAGUGUGAUGCAGGGUGCAUGCGGCCAGUGUCCGUGUUUUGCGGCUCUGUGUUAUAUGGACCCUAAUGGUAAGGGUAUCAAAUGUGAAUAAUAUUCGCUGUGUCCACCGUCGUAGCCAUUUAUUUUAUUGCUUCAAUGCAUCUGAAACACAAACUGAAGAAACUAUCUAUGCAUGUAGUCUUAAUUAAAAAUAUAUUUUUGUAUUUACAACUCCUGUUUACAUGUAUGUGUCACCAUGGUAACAGACUACAAACACACCUUGUGUAGUCGGUUCCUGCAGUAUUGUCGCCAUCCAUCCACUACUACUGUCUAAAGCUGGAUUUACACGGGCCGACUGAGCAGCCGAUUUUCAGGAAGGAAGUGUUGCUUCCUGACAGUCGGCUGCUCGUUGAGUGAAGAAGACCACGCAUUUACAUGCAGCGAUCUCCUUCACUGUAUGAGGAUGAGGGAUGGCUAUUGCGAUCCCUCAUCCUCAUAUAGAAUCAUUGUUUCUAAGCAUCAGAUUG